UUUCAGUACCAGUUCUCACAGUGCCUAAUGCAUCCUGCCCAUGUUCAUGAAAGAUAAAUGGCAUAAGAUACGGAUAGAAGAGUCAAUACACACUUCCAAUUUCUCUACAUUACACUGUGAAUUGUCAAAAGUAGCUGUAUCAUGACUUGUACAUGUUUUCUACCUACUAAAUGACACCAUAUAAACUCCAGAUUAACUGCCUCGACUUUAUCUCAAAGUGAUGUUCCUCAAGAAAGCAACCAAGUUAUAUCUGUACAAUUGAAUCUCUUAGAAAGCUACUUUUUCCUUCAGUACCAUUUCCAAACGUUGCAACAGUUUCAUGGAGUUCAGUGGUGAAAAUCCCCAUUGGAGCUUGGUGGAUGAAGAAAGGGAACACAUAAACUUAUCUCGAAUAUUUUCAUUUGGAAAAAGUGAGGUUGAUUCUGAAAUCAUUUCAGCAAGAACAUCUUGUAUGUCAGCAGCUUCAUUCCCGCUUUGGCCUAUUUGCCCCGAGACGCCAUGGACACGUUCUCCCGUCCGUGCCUCUUUAUCUCCACUUCUUCUAUAUAAUUGCUUAGCCUCACUCCAUCGCAGCGAAGGUAACAUCUUCUCUAUAGCAGUCACAAGCGACUUCAUUUUUGCAGGGUCUGCAAGCAGUAGGAUCCAUGCAUGGAAACAACCAGAUUGUACAGAGAUGGGAUGUAUCAAGGCUACAAUUGGUGAAAUUCGAGCCAUCUUAGCUUACGGAAAAAUGCUUUUCACCACACAUGGAGAUUACAGAAUCCGCGUGUGGGAUAUUUCAUCGACAGAAAACUUUAGACCAAAGAAGACAAUCACCUUGCCUAGAAGAAGGUCGUUCUUCUCCUAUCUGAAGAAGGAUAAUGAGAAACAUAGAGAUUCUAUCUCAUGCAUAGCAUACAAUCACAAGGAGAAGCUCUUGUACACAGGAUCAUGGGAUAGUACAGUUAAGGUGUGGAAAAUCUCAGAAAAACGAAGUGUUGACUCAUUUGUUGCUCAUGAAGGUCAUGUCAAUGCAAUUGUCUUAAACCAAGAAGAUGGAUGUGUCUUCACUUGUUCUUCUGAUGGCAAAGUGAAAAUAUGGAGAAGAGUUUUUAGGGAGAGCUCACAUAUUUUGACAAUGACACUUAAGUUUCAACCAUCUCCAGUUAAUGCCCUAUCUUUAUCUCUCUCUCCUGACGAAUGCAUCCUCUAUUCGGGCUCAUCAGAUGGACUGAUAAACUUCUGGGAAAAGGAAAGAAUGUCUAGUAGGUAUAAUCAUGGAGGAUUCUUGCAAGGCCAUCAUUUUGCAGUUCUUUGUUUAGCAACAAUAAAAGAUCUAAUCCUUAGUGGUUCAGAGGAUGCAACCAUACGAAUAUGGAGGAGAGAAGAUGGGAACUCCUUCCAUUCAAGUCUUGCAGUCAUUGAUGGUCACCAUGGACCAGUCAAGUGCUUGUCUGCUGCUCUAGAAACCGAGGAAAUUAUGACGGGUUUGUUGGUCUAUAGUGCCAGCCUAGAUCAAACUUUUAAGGUAUGGAGAGUCAGAGUUCAUCCCGCAGAGAAAGAGAAACUGAAGAAAUCAGAAGCAAAUGAUCAGCACUCAAAAAUUACAGAUUGCAAACUGAGUCCGGUGUUAUCACCUUCAUGGGUAGAGAAGAAGAUUCAGGGCAGUGAUUUCUGAACUAGAAGAAGUAAUAACUAUAAUAGCAGAAUCACUACGUAUAAUUCAUCAAUAUCCAACUUAAGAAGAUAUAAUCUAUCUUUGAUGUUUUAUA